AAGUCAUGGAAAAAAUAUAACUUUAUUUAAGCUAUUUUUAUCUGUGCAAUGAAAAAAAAAUGACUUGGUUUGACACCUUAUGAUGUGACUGAAUCAAACAUUUCGUGCAGUGUCUUAGAUAGCCUAGCUGGUAGAGUCUUGGGCGCGCGACCAAAUGAAUGGGGUUCGAGUCUCCAUCUCGACGUUCAUAAAUAUUUAUUUUUAUUUUAUUUUCCGUGACAGUAGCGUAAAAUCACCGUAUUUCGACAGUAUAUUGAGCGUACAGUGUCGGUCAUAACGUCGUAGAUUCACUUGCGUAUGCACCGUAAAUAUUCAAUAAAUUUAUAGUAGACAUCGUUCACAACGGUAUCCGAUGCUGACUGACAGAUCACUCGGUAAGAACGAACUUUAUACGGUGAAACGACUGUGAAACAACCGUCAUUCGACCGUGCUUUCACCGUGUCGCCGAAACCGCCAGGGUUCGUCCUAUGACACAACUACUAGUUACACUGCGCUUUUGUGCUACUGGAAAUUUUUACAUAACGAUAGGAGACUUUGUUGGGAUUUCUAAAAGCACAGUUUUUAAAAUAAUUCACAGCCUUUGCCGAACAAUAGCUUCAUGGCGGCAUGAAUUUAUCUAUUUUCCAAGAACUCCAAGAGAGUUGUUGGAAAAUCAAGUUCAAUUUUAUCAAACGGCUCGAUUUAUCCAAGUUAUUGGUUGUAUUGAUUGUAAACACGUUAAAGUUGGGUCUUUUGGUGGCAAUGAUGCUGAAAUUUACCGGAAUAGAAAAGGAUCUUUUUCUAUUAACGUGCAAGUUAUAUGUAAUGCCCACUUGGAAAUUAUUGACAUCGUAGCAAGGUGGCCAGGCUCAACUCAUGAUGCAACAAUUUUUCUCAACUCCAGAAUUCGUGAUCUUUUUGAAAAUAAUCCAUUUGGCGAUGCUUUGCUUCUGGGUGAUUCUGGAUAUCAAAUUCAUCUUAUUUGUUAACUCCACUUCAAAAUCUGCAGAGUGCUGCAGAACAACUAUAUAACGAAUCUCAGAUCAGAACUAGAAAUUUUAUAGAGCGAACAUUCGGUGUUUGGUCUAGACAAUUUGCGGUAUCAAAUGGAAUGAGAAUUAGGAAAAGUGAUCGAGUUUUGAGAGUAAUUGUAGCUACUGCUGUUUUAUAUAACAUGCUGAGACGAGAAAAGCAUCGAGCCCAAUUAAUAAUUCUGGUCGAAGAAUAUCAAGUUGUUCCAGAAGUGCAAAAUCCCGUAAUUGGAAACGUUAACUUGCGACGAAUUUUCAUUGAUGAAUAUUUUGAGGGGUAUAAAAAUAUAUAUUAUGCUAAUACAUAAACAUAAUCCUCUAAAUUAAAAUACAUGAAAGUCUUGAAGUUAGUCAAAGGUCGAAACUCGCAAAAAACGGGCCACGAUUCAUUACUGUUCAAUUGGCAGAGAUUGAAAAUAAUUUUAUAUUAUUUCAAUUACUUUAUGAAUAAACAUGGAUAAUUUAAAAAAACGAGAGGUAAACAUCAAUCGAACGACGAGAAUGUGCUCAGACGAAAAACUAUUAUUAGUUCAGUUAGUUGAUGCAAAAAAAACUGUCGUUGAGUGUAAGACAACUGAUAAAGUUUCAUUAAAAACAAAACUUGAGGCCUGGAAUCAAAUAAGUACCGAAUUAAAAAAAUCAUUUCCUUUUCGAUCUGCUGAAAGCCUGCAAUUAGCUUGGAAAAAUAUGAAAACUGCAGCUAAGAAAUAUUCUAAAAAGUUGAAAGAACAAAGCAUGGGAACCGGUGGAGGAGGGAAAAUUAUCUCAAGUGAUCCAGUUUUUGAUGCUGCUUUAAAUGUUAUGCAUCAUCUUACUGUGGAAGGAUUACACAAUGAAUUCGAUAAUGAUACUGAGUCUACAAUUAAUGAUAUUAUUUAUGACAAUGACAAAGAAAACGAUUGUGGAUCCGAAAGUAAUGUAUUUGAGUAUUUGGCGAGGAAUAAUCAAAUCAAUGAUUGGAAAAAAGGAGGCCCGUCUAAUUUAAAGUCAGCUAUAAGUGCUCCGUUGAAAGUUAAAAAUGGAACUCAAAAUAAGCCAAACAGUAAAUUUUCUGAUGAAGAAAUUUGUUUAAAACCUGAGGAUGAACUUGCUUUACUAUUAUUACAAAAGGCGCAUGAAAAACACAGAUAUGAGAUUGAGUUAUUGAAGUUGCAAAUUAAAAAAGAAUUUUUAUUAAUUCAAAAAAUUAAAGGAAAUAAUAUUGAUUAUCAGAGCGACGAAGAUGAUGAAGAUCAAGUAUAAAUAAUAUUUCCAAAAUUAUUUUGCCUCACAGUAUUUUCUUCAUUAAUUGUAAUAACUGGACGUGGGAAAACUUGAAAUUAUAUACUUUUAUUUAUAAUGUUAUCUUUAUUAAGUUCAUGUUGAAAAAAAAGUUGCAAUGUUGAUAUUUUGCAUAUGAAUAAAAUUUUUGAAUUUUGUAGUUCAACUGAAUAGAAAUUAAUGGUCGUUUCUUCGCUGUCGAUUUCAUCGUUCAACUCUGUCAUUACCUCUUAUUGCCUAUGACCUAAUGUUUUUUGAAU